AUGCCCCCAGAAUGGCCCGCAGCGAGAACGCUGGCUAAUCGUUUAUCAGCAACUCACAGGCCAUCAGCAGCAAACAGCAACAGCAGCAGCAACAGCAGCAGCAGUAGCAGCAGCAGCAGCAGCAAGAAACUAACCGUAGGGUCUGUCUGUCUCCGCCAUGAGGUGGCGGUCUUCGAACGAGCCCGGCAGAGGCCGCCCAGCAGCAGUAGCAGCAACAACAGCAGUAGCAGCAGCAGCAGCAGCAGCAAGAAGCUAACCGUAGGGUCUGUCUGUCUCCGCCAUGAGGUGGCGGUCUUCGAACGAGCCCGGCAGAGGCCGCCCCAUCUCCAGCAAACGCAUGAACCAGUGACGGUCCCCCUACAGCAGCAACAGCAGCAGCAGCAGCAGCAGCAGCAACAGCAGCAGCAACAAUAUUUCACGUACAGAGGCGCUUCCCACCUGUCCAAGGCCGAGGGGCUGCGCUGCAAGUUCGUUAGCAGCACAGCAGCAGAAGCACUGACAGUGUUGUUGCAACAGCAGCAACAGCAGCAGCAAACAGCAGCAGCACGCAGCAGCAGAAGAGAGACAGCGCCGAGGGACAAGUUAGACGCAGCUCAGAAGGACACAGACACUCCAGUAUCGAUACUGCAGCAGCAACAGCAGCAGCAACAGCAGCAGCAACAGCAGCAGCAGAAGCAGCAGCAACAGCAGCAGAAGCAGCAGCAGCAGCAAGACAAUAAGAGAACAGCCGCCGCCCAAUUCGCCGCCGCAGCCCCCCCAGCUCAUCCUCACAAGCAAUCAGGUAGUCGAGCAAGUUCUGUAGAAGCAGCAGCAGCAAUGCAGCAGCAGCAGCAGCAAUGCAGCAGCAGCAGCAGCGGCAAGUGCAACAGCAGCAGCAGAAGUUCAGAAGCAGCGGCAGCAGCACGUGCAGCAAAAGCAGCACUAGCAGCAGUGGAAAUACCGGAGCAGCGGCAGCAACCACUGCAGCAGCAGCAGCAACAGCAACAGCAGCAACAGCAGCAGCAGCAGCAGCAGCAGAGCACCCGCGAUGCCGCAGGAGACCCCAUGAAGUAUGAAAACGGUGCAGCAGCAGCAGCAGCUGCUGCUGCUGCUGAGUUGCUCUUCACUCCUGCUGCAGUCUUUGAUCGUGUUGCUGCUCUUGCUCUUGCUGUCGCUAUUGCUGUUACUGCUGCUGUUGCUGCUGUUGCUGCUGUUGCUGGUGCUGGAUGGAGGCAGUCAACAGCGAGGGGUCUGGAGAGGCCUAGGGGGCCGCGGAAGACGGACAUCUCCAACAGCAGCAGCAGCAGCAGCAGCAGCAGCAGCAAAGUGGCUCAGACUCAAGCCGAGGCAGUAGGAGAGGCUGCAGCAGCCAGAAGAGAGAGCAGGAGACAGAGAAAGAGACAGAAAAAGAGACAGAAAAAGAGACAGAGGAGACAGCGGGCAGCAGCAGUAACAGCAGCAGCAGCAGCAGCAGCAGCAGUACCAGUAGCAGCAGCAGGAGCAGCAGCAGCGUCGCAGCAGGUCGAUCUCUUGCCGCGAGUAGGCCGCAGCCGACUACAGACGCAGAGCAGCAGCAGCAAGCAGCAGCAGCAACUGCAGCAGCAGCUGGUACUGCUGCCGCCACUGCGGCAGGAACAACAGCGCCGCCUGAAGCUUCAUGACACUGUCCUAGCAGCAGCAGAAGCAACAGCAGCAGCAACGACAGCAGCAACAUCUGCUGCAGGAGCAGCAGACGAGGCGCUCAUGGAGCAGCAUUGA